AUGGCGCGAACACAGCCAGCCUCGACCCUGCUCCUUCCCCUCCCCAGGGGCACUGUUCUCCUCCCGGGCGUUGUCCAGCGCAUCCCCGCAUCUGCCAACCGACCCGACAUUCCCGCCCUGUUGUCCAGCGUCUAUAGCCGUGCAGCCUCCAAGACGGCCAACGGCCGCGUCGAUACCGUCCCCGUAGCGUGUGUACCUAUAGCUUCGCCAAACGUCGGCCCUUAUGGACAGCUCUUGAUCAAGGAUGUCGAUCAGCUCGGCGAGGCAGCCGACGCAGCGCAACCUGAUAGCAAGCGGCCCACCAAGGGGGACUUGUUCUCGUGCGGUGUUGCCGCCAAGAUCACAGGCGUCGAGGGCCGCAGCUCUGCUGGUGAAUUCUCCCUCCUGGUCGAGGGUCAGGCGCGUGUGAGGAUAGAGAAGAUCACCCAGGAACGGCUGCACUUCGAGGCGAGGGUAACAUAUCACCACGACGAUAUAAAUGUUACCGAUGCAGUCCUCGAGGACCACUUCCAACACCUCAAGACGUUGUCUCGUGAACUUGUCAACCUUCUCAGGAUCUCUGCCAUCCUCUCACAAGGACGGACAACUGCGAAACUUACACCACUGCUGGCGAGGCGCCUCGAUGUGUUCAUCAGUAAGAAGAAGAUUGGAGAGGCAGGCUCGCUUGCAGACUUCAUGGCCAACAUCGUCGAGUCCUCAUACGAUGAGAAGUUACAGGUGCUGGCCCUCUUCGAUGUCAAGGCUCGACUCGCGAAGGUCAUCGAGUUACUUGAGCGCCAGAUUGGCAACAUAAAGAACAGUGUUAAGAUCACAACCAUCACCACGACGGCAAUCCCGUUCACCAUUGAGUCCGACAACGAGCAGAAAGAAGGAGAAUGGAAGCCUCUCAGGCCAAUGCAGGGUAGGCGGCCUGCUCUGCCCUUCGGCCUGCCAUUCCAACCUGGCCAAGGGGGCAACGGCCCCAUGGGCCAAGGUCCUAACAACGAACAGGAACCCGACGAAAUUGGGGAACUGCAGAAGAAAUUGGAGGCUGCCAAAUUGAGCCCGGAGGCUGCCAAAGUUGCUGAAAAGGAGAUCAAGAGACUCAAGAAGAUGAUGCCAGCGCAGGCCGAAUACGCUGUGACCAGGGGAUAUCUCGAGACCCUUGCCGAGAUUCCCUGGUCAGCAGUCACGGACGACAAGCUGGGCCCGGAGACAUUGAGCAGAGCAAGAAAGCAGCUUGACGAUGACCACUACGGCCUUGAGAAAGUCAAGAAGCGACUCACCGAGUAUCUUGCCGUUCUCCGCCUGAAACAGUCUAUCAACGAGGACGUUGAUGCGCAGAUCAAGAAGGCCGAGGAGGAACUGGUCGCAGCUGACAGCGAACCCAGCACCGAUCCCGCACAAUCGCCUGCCGCGGAGAAGAAGCAAGCAGCUAGCGCCCGGCUCGACAUUCUCAAGAGCAAGCGCAUGAUGGACAAGUCGCCCAUUCUACUCCUCGUCGGGCCUCCAGGAGUUGGAAAGACCAGCUUGGCCAGGUCUGUUGCUACGGCUCUGGGCCGCAAGUUCCAUCGCAUCUCGCUCGGAGGUGUACGAGACGAGGCCGAGAUUCGAGGUCACCGGCGAACCUACGUCGCGGCGAUGCCGGGCCUUAUCAUGCAAGGUCUCCGAAAGGUUGGUGUUGCCAACCCCGUCUUCUUGCUCGAUGAAAUCGACAAGCUGGGGACCUCAAGCUUCCACGGAGACCCGUCUGCUGCUAUGCUGGAGGUACUCGACCCCGAGCAAAAUCACACAUUUGUUGACCACUACGUCGGCAUUCCUUACGACUUGAGCAAGGUUCUAUUCAUUGCUACCGCCAACAGUCUUGACACGAUCCCUGCGCCCCUGCUAGACAGGCUGGAGAUGAUCUAUCUGCCUGGCUACACGACUCUCGAGAAGCGGCACAUUGCCACGCAACACCUUGUCCCCAAGCAGGUCCGAGUCAACGGUCUUGCCGAGGAUCAGGUGGCUUUCGAUCAAGACGUCAUCUCCAAAAUCAUCGAGUCGUAUACCCGCGAGUCUGGCGUCCGCAACCUCGAGCGCGAAAUCGGCUCUGUCUGUCGUGCCAAGGCUGUGGAGUUUGCAGACGCCAAGGACGGUGGCAAGAUCGAGACUUACAAGCCGCAGCUCACUGUUGAAGACAUUGAGCGCAUCCUUGGCAUUGAGAAAUUCGAGGAGGAAAUUGCCGAGAAGUCGAGCCGGCCAGGCAUCGUUACGGGCCUGGUAGCUUACAGCUCCGGCGGUAACGGGAGUAUCCUAUUCAUCGAAGUGGCAGACAUGCCGGGUCACGGAAGCGUGCAGCUCACUGGCAAACUGGGCGAUGUUCUCAAGGAAAGCGUCGAGGUAGCCUUGACCUGGGUCAAGGCUCACGCGUACGACUUGGGCCUGGCUGAGAGCCCUGCCGAGGAUAUCAUGAAGAACCGCAGCAUCCAUGUGCACUGCCCAUCCGGCUCAAUACCCAAGGACGGGCCUAGUAGCGGCAUGGCGCAGGCGAUCGCCCUGAUCUCGCUCUUCUCGGGCAGAGCAGUCCCCCCAACGAUGGCCAUGACGGGCGAGAUCUCACUCCGCGGCCGGGUCACUGCCGUCGGAGGAAUCAAGGAGAAACUAAUCGGAGCGCUCCGGGCAGGCGUCAAGACGGUGCUGCUACCCGCGCAGAACCGUAAGGAUGUCAAGGACCUCCCUCAGGAGGUCAAGGAUGGCUUGGAGAUUGUGCACGUCAGCCACAUGUGGGAAGCGAUCCACCACGUCUGGCCGGACGCGCACUUCCCUGGCGAGCAGCAGUAUGCAGCCCUCGAGAGUCAUCUGUGA